UAAAAAAUGAACAAAAUGCCUAUAGUGCCAAAACCCACCAUUUUUUUCAAUGCUACUAACCAAGUCGCUUCGGCCCAGGCCAUCUUCCCAGCUGCUGCAUCAGUUGCCGCCACUGCCAUGUUGGUUCGCUCAUUGGUCAGAGAUGUCGUUCCUCGAGAGCUCCGAGAUUACAUUAUCUUGAAAAUCAAGAAUCUCUUUGUCUCUUUCUCUUCGGAGCUCACUUUAGUCAUUGAAGAAUACGAUGGUCUCAACCAUAACCUUCUUUACAAGGCUGCAGAACUCUAUCUUGAGUCCACAAUUCCACCUAACACAAAGAGAAUUAGAGUAAUCAUGCCAAAAAAAGAAGGCAAGAUUUCAUUGUCCCUUGAAAAGAAUGAAGAAAUCAUUGAUAACUUUAAUGGGGUUCAAGUGAAGUGGAAGUUUGUUUUAAAAGAUAACCGUUCCAAGUCUAUUCCUGGGUCUGAUCCUGACAAACCAGUGCUUAAAUCCAAGAUUCGCCUCAUCGAGCUAAGUUUCCACAAGAAACAUAAAGAAAUGAUGUUGAACACUUACAUGCAGCAUAUAUUGGCCAAAGCAAACGAAUUGACGGAGAAAAAGAAGACCUUGAAGUUAUAUACCUUGAAAUAUGAUAAGAUGACAGAAAGAGGGGAUACGUGGCACUCAGUGAAUCUUGAUCAUCCGGCUACAUUUCAAACCCUGGCAAUGGAUUCAGAGCUGAAGAAGAAAAUAAUGGAGGAUUUGAAUAAAUUUAUGAAAAGAAAGGAGUAUUAUAAGAGGGUAGGCAAGGCUUGGAAAAGGGGGUACUUGCUGUUUGGGCCUCCUGGCACAGGGAAGUCAAGCUUGAUUGCUGCCAUGGCCAACUAUCUUAAUUUUGAUAUUUAUGACUUGGAGUUGACUGAUAUCAGAAGGAAUUCAGAGCUGAGGAAGGUGCUGAUUUCAACUGGAAAUAAAUCAAUACUGGUUGUGGAGGAUAUUGAUUGUUCUUUGGAGUUGCAGGAUAGGCUUGCUCAAGCAAGGGCUGCGACGUCCCAAGGUUCUCAUAGACAUAAUCAAUUACCUCAGUAUCAGUUGACUCUGUCAGGAUUGCUGAACUUCUUGGAUGGGUUAUGGUCAAGCUGUGGAGAUGAAAGGAUUAUAGUGUUCACAACCAAUCACAAGGACCGGCUUGACCCAGCUUUACUGCGCCCUGGUCGAAUGGACGUGCACAUCCACAUGUCUUACUGCACUCCUUGUGGGUUCAAAAUGCUGGCUUCAAACUACCUCGGGAUACCAAAGCACCCACUUUUCUUAGAGAUUGAGGAAUUGCUAGAGAUAACAAAGGUGACCCCUGCAGAAGUAGGUGAGCAACUGAUGAAAGAUGAGGUGCCUGAUAUUGUGCUAAGAGGUCUCAUCGAGUUUCUUGAGGCCAAGCUAGAGGGAGUUCAGGAAGCUGAAGCUACUGAAUCGCAGUCAGUAGUAGUAUUUCAAGCAGCAGAAGGUGGGGGAAAGCUAUAGGAGAAACAAGGUGACCAAGAUAAGGGCAACCAACAAACACUUAUCAUUCGGUACAACAAAACGAUGUUACCAAGUCCAUCACUUUCGCUGAAAGAACUCCGUCUUCCAAAUUUUAAUCUCUUUAAAGAAUAUGUUAGCCAAUUCAGAAAGCAAGACAUAAGACCAAAAAAAAAUGAUAGUAAUAACUUCACAAAAAGAAAAUACAGUAUCCUAAAUCACCUUAGAACCACCAACAAUAAUGUGGAACUAAAGGAUUCUCACUUGACAACAUAUCAUCCUUGA